UUCUUCUAAUUACUAUCAAUCUUGCCGCCUGUUUUUCUAAUACAUGUUCUUUUGUAGGUGGAAGCUGGACAGAUGAUGUUGGAAACUCUUCAACAUUGUCCACGCUAACACUUUUAGGCGGUUCUAUUAUUUUCAGAUCGCUAAAGAUAGCCAACGUAAUGGGCCGUAUCGAAACGAGAUCGUCAGUACCGGUACAGAAAACUUCUACCAUUACCGGCUGAAUUAAUUUUUGCCAAGCAAGUCUACAACCAUAGCUUUGAUUAUAGUCUAUGGAGUGUACCGCUGUAUUGCAAAUGGCUGCCAUUGUCAACAGAAAGCGAAGGGGUGUGUUUAACAAACACCCAGUAAUGAUAAACCUAUUUCGUAACUGAGACAAGUGCCUCGGAAAUCGGAAAAAAUGUUGAGAUUCUUAUCGCGGCGCAGGGGACGCAGCACGACUGCCCAGGGCGGUUCAUCGCACAUCAAGAAUCAGAGAUUAUUGGGGAACAAAAACGUUGUACAAUGCAGGGUAAUCCUGUUGGAUGGAACAGACUUGCCUAUUGAACUGUCGAAAAAGGCAUUGGCCAGUGAUCUAUACGAGCAAGUCUUCUACAGUUUGGAUUUGAUAGAGAAAGAUUACUUUGGGCUGCAGUACACUGACAGCAAUAAUGUUCAGCACUGGCUCGAUCCUACCAAACCUAUCAAGAAGCAGGUUAAAAUCGGACCGCCAUAUACUUUAAGAUUAAAGGUAAAGUUCUAUUCGUCGGAGCCUAAUACUCUGAGGGAAGAAUUGACACGAUAUCAGUUCUUCCUUCAACUGAAACAUGACCUUCUUGAUGGGAGACUGCAUUGCCCAUAUCCAGUUGCCGUACAAAUGGCAGCUCUUACUUUGCAGUCGGAAUUGGGCGACUACGAUCCUUCCGUACACACUGCAGCAACGGUAUCUGAAUUUCGUUUUGUCGAUGAUCAGACAGAGCAGAUGGAGCUUGAAAUAUUGGAGGAAUACAAAAAGUGCUCUGGCCUGAGCCCGGCGCAGGCAGAAUCCGCGUAUCUUGGGAAAGCCAAAUGGCUUGACAUGUAUGGUGUGGAUAUGCAUACCGUGCUUGGUAAAGACGCGUGCGAAUAUUCGCUUGGCUUGACGCCAACGGGAAUUUUGGUAUUCGAAGGUUCACAGAAGAUAGGGCUAUUUUUCUGGCCGAAAAUAGGAAGGCUGGAUUUCAAAAAGAAGAAGCUGACGUUGGUUGUGGUGGAAGAGGAUGACCAAGGCCAGGGCGAGCAGGAGCAUACCUUUGUCUUUAGACUAGCCAACGAAAAAGCUUGUAAACAUCUGUGGAAAUGUGCCGUUGAGCAUCACGCGUUCUUCCGCUUACGCGCUCCAGUCAAGGGUGCUGGAGCACGUCAGAACUUUUUCCGAAUGGGAUCACGUUUCCGCUACAGUGGAAAAACCGAGUUCCAAACAACCCAGCUUAAUCGAGCAAGACGCACUGUUCAAUUCGAACGACGACCAAGCCAGCGAUACGCCAGACGCCAGAGCCAUGUACUUCGCGAACGACAACACCAAGUCGAGCCGCCUCAAGAUCAGCCGCUAGUUCAAGCUCAGCAUCCUCAAGUUCAGCCUCCUGUUGCUGUAGAAACCGAGGCUAUCAGACGCGAGCCCAGCAGAUGCAGUUCAAAUUCGACCAGUUCCAGCAUCCAGGGUGCUUCGUCACCACUGGUAGAUUCGUUGCUCAAAUCGUUAGCAAAGGAUCAACAUCCUCUGGAAUCAAGAAAUCAAACCACAGCUACUGAUACAGACAAGGAAGCUGAGCCGGUUAAGCCAUGCUUAACUCCCGAGAGUAUGACUAGUCAGCAUGCACUGUUGAUACCCAAUAAUCAGGUCGGUGGUGGUUCCACGCUGCCUCCUCGCACUCCUAUACCUCCCGAAUCACUCAAAUGUAACAUACUGAAGGCAAAAUCACUGGAACAGGGAAAAAAUUCGAAUCUUAUAUCUGUCAGCGCUACUGAGACUCCUUCGCUACCUCCAGACAAGAAUCUGCACACCGAUGCCGCGACUAUAGUGUCUGUGGGUGGAGACAAAUUGACACUUUCUGUGAGUGGAGCAGCUGCAGCUACACUUCCAGCCGAUGAUACGGUUACUGUGACACACUUCUCGCUGGACAGUUGGGGUCAGAUUGAGCAGAAAACGACACCGUUGACCCCCAAGGUUUCUAAUCAGUCCCAGAACCCGUUUAAUCCUUUCACCAGCAACGAGAGCAAUGAUCUUGCCCAAGUUUCGGAGGAAAAAGAAAAGCCGGCAGCUAGGACUGCAGGCGAAGAGGAAGAAAAUAAAAACACAAAUCCCUUUAUCGACUGUAAUCCAUUUCUUGGCUUACUAAAUCCAUUUAAAGAGGAACAGUCUGUUGCUUUGGAACGGAAAGAUAACGGAGAGAGAGAAGUUGAGCGAGGUGGAGCACGGAUUGUGAAAACUGAAGAAAUUCAAACUACGACAACCACCGUUGCUCAUAAGGACGAUGGGCAGGAAGCAUCUGAUAUUAGUCCGUGGCUCGUGGCUGACCCAACUCAAGAAACUCCGUCGGUUCAAAGCCCACCACGGCAUACUGUAAUCACUAGAAAGACAGUCAUCACUACGCAGCUAUGAAUUCUGCCACAAUUUCGGUUCAGUGUUUUUAAUUAUUUUAACCACAACAGUAUCGUUCCUUCCAGGUUUAUAAAUAUAUACAAUCCAUAUUAUUCAUAUAUUAUAUAGAUACAUAUAUAUACGCAAAUAUAUAUACAUACCUAUGUGCCUUAUCCAGUUAGUGGAAAGAAGAUCAAGAAGGAAAAUGUCGAAUUCGACACAAUUCAUGACUUGAACGAGCGGUGAUUCUUUUUCAUCAAUGACCACAUCGUUCACUUUCUGUUUGCCAAGAUUUGCCUGCAGUUCUAUUAUAGUCCAAAUUUUUUUUGUUCGUUAUUUAUUUGUAAAUAAGAUACAAAUUUUUAUGUUACUGAAUUCAUACGAUCCACAUCACGCAUGUAUUCGUUCAUCCAAAAACUGGAUGGUUUUUUCUUGUCCUGUUAUUCGAAGUUUCACGUCAAUUACAAAAUAUAGCACGAAUACAAUUCUGCAGAUAAUCGAUCAAGUACUUGGUUCAAAUUUUUUGAACGUUUAAUUUUCUAUUGGAUUACCUUAAUUAUACUCGGUUUUGACGGGUCAAGUAAGGCAGCUAUAAAGUUUUUACGCUUAAUUUAUGUUGGUGUAUCCUGAGUAGAAAUAUUGUAACGAUUGAUAGGAGGGAGUGGGGUUAAAAAGGAAUCUCUUAAACUGAUGAAAUAUUCGACGGUCGUAUUAUCGGGACCAUAACGUUUAUACUAUUUAUAACAAUUCUGUUAGAAUAAUAUUAGUGUAUACAAUCAUACAAACGUGUAUACUUAAUUUUAUAACCUGGCACGUUAUACUCGCCAAAUUACUAACGAAGUGUAUAAUAUCUAUACGAAGAAAUGUAUCUCGACUCCGUUAUUAUAUGCAACUACUGUUAUAUGUAUAAUAUAUGUGCACUUAUUUACGUACGUAUGUAUAUACAUACAUCAUUCACUAAACUGAUGGAGUGAGCGUGCACCUGAUUCACCUGCCUCGGGACUUUUUUCGUCAUCUUUUCAUUGCGAAAUGAUCAUUGCAUAAUUUCUUCUGACUCUAAAGCAAUCUUUUAUAGUUCAAAUUGAACUCGGUAUUUUUUUUAAUUCCGCUCGCUCUCCUUCCUACGUUUUCAUACGCAUAGAUACAUACAUAAAUGUAUCGUGUAUAUUAACGCAACCAUAAAGAUAAUUAUACAAGAUGUAUUAGCGUUGCGCAUUCCAUAAGGUAUAAAAUAAUAUUACGUGGCCUUAGAUAUGUUGUAAUACAAUUAUUGUCGGAAAAAUGUGCCUCGUUAGGAUAUUCAUAUCACUUAUACACAUACAUAUGAAAAGUGUACCUAGAACCCUUUCUACACAUAGAAAAGAAAUAAAUAGCACACACAUAUAUAUAUUAUACAUAUAUGAUAAUUUGAAUGUAGAUAUACAAUAUUUAGUCGCAUACAUUUAAUAUGUCUAGAAUUUUAUAAUGUCACGCGUGAAUAUCCCUGAUCUAUUCCGUC